CAAAAUGUAAAUAUGUCACGGCGUGCCAGCUUCUUUGCAAAACUUCAUCCUGGUCGGAGAAGAGUCAGAUUCCCUGAUGAAGUUGUGUUUGAAGAAAGCAUAAAGGAGAGCGAUGGAGAAGCGAUUAUAGCCAUGCUUCGUCGCGUUAGUUUAGAUAUUGAUGUUAACAGACUGAAUAUGGCGGGGAUGACAGCUUUGCACCAGGCAGUCCUGGAUGAGAAUAUUGUUGUCAUCAGGUUACUGCUAAUCCAUGGGGCCGAAGUAAACAAGAGAGAUGCAGACAGCUGGACCCCCCUUCAUGCAGCAGCAGCUAACGGUCAUUCUAAUAUAGUAAAAUAUCUUCUAUCACAAGGGGCAGACAGACUUUUACUGACAGAUGAAGGGGAAACGGCAGCAGAUCUUGUUGACCCUGAUGAUGGGUCUACUCUAGCCCUUUUGCUUGAACCAGCUGAACUAGAUGAAGACUGUUCAUGGAGAAGGUUUAGUGUUCAGGAGGGACGGGUGGAUGGUAGGAAGAAUUCUGCAGCUUGGUUUAGACGAGAGAGCUUACAAGAGGAAAGAAAACGUUCCUUGAUACAGGAGCAGAGAAAAGGAUCUGCUUGGGUGCAAAGAGAUAUCUUGGAGGAAGUUGAAGGAGAAGGAGAUGGGGAAGUAGGAGAAGAAGCGGAAGUAAAUGAAAAACAAUUUGAAGAAGCAGUUGAAGGCAAAGAAGAAGAUGAAUCACUAGUCCUUACUGAUUUUAUAAAUAAUGAUCCAAUAGUUGAGCAAUUUCAGGUCUGGAGAACACGGAGGAAGGGUAGAUUAGAGCUUAGUCACCCAGACUUACAAGAAAUACAGAAAACCGGUUCUCAACAUAUCAGCUGAUUCAUGAACAUCAGCUGAUAAUUGUAAAUCAACUGAUUAUUGUACAUCAACUGAUUCAUGUACAUCAGCUGAUUUUAAAAAUCAGCAGAUUCAUAAAAUUCCGCUGAUUCCAUGAUUCCUGAACAACAGCUGAUUCAUGAAUAAUAACUGAUUUAUGAACAUCAGUUGAUUCCUAAAUAACAGCUGAUUCAUGAACAUCAGUUGAUUCCUAAAUAUACAGCUGAUUCAUGAAAAUCAGCUGAUUCAUUCAAAUCAGCUACUACUGGAACAUUAGCUGAAUCAUAAUCAUUAGCUGUAUCAUGGUCAUCAGCCAAUUCAUAAAUAUCAGUUUAUUCAUACAGAUCAGCUGAUUCUUGUACAUCACCUGAUUUAUUAACAUCAGCUGAUCCAUGAACAUUAGCUGAUUCAUGAAAAUCAGCUGAAUCUUUAACAUCAUUUGAUUCUUGUACAUCCCUACUAACCGGAAAACCUAUAAAUAAGUAUGACAUUCCUAUAUAUACGUAUUUUUAGGUUUGAAAUACGUAAAAUUACGUAUUUUCCAUACAUAUGACAUACGCAUUAUCUUAACAAUCCUUGGUAAAAAAUACGUAUUUUAUAUCCGUUAAAAUACGUAUAUGACAAACGUAAAAAUGCGUAUAUGAAAACCUAAAAACUCCAAUGAACCAAAAUUUUUUAGGUUUUACCUAUACCUAAAAAUAUGUAUUUGUAAGGCAUAUUCAAGGUCUAAAACCAAAAUGUUAAGAAGUUAACUAUAAUUUUGCAUGCACAUUGUUCCUUCAUAUCUAUACAAUUAAUUUCACAAAUUUCUUAAAUCCAUUCAUAUAUAUAAGUUAUUUUCAAUCCAAUCCAAUAUUCUUCUACACAAAUUCACACCCUCAUCAUUACUUCAUCUGUUUACAUCUAAAUAAAUAUUCAUAUAUACAUUUUGUCUGUAUCUUCAACAAUUACGUGUUCAAUAUCUGUUAUACUUCAUACACAUACCAUUAUACCUGUUCUAAGACUGUCAAAGUAGAACUUCUAUUUAUCAAAAAAUCGAGAAUUUACUGACAUUGAUUCUAAUGAAA